ACAGGCUGAUGGUGUUGCCUGAUAUUAACCACACACACAAAUACACACACAAAUACACCCAUUCACACAAACAUCAACAGAGUAGCUAUCAAAGCUAUCAAGCCACAGCAUCCCCCCUCUCCUCCUCCGUGCACUGUACAUCCUCUGCUGCAACCACACAGCCGUGCACAGGGCCGGGCACAUUUGCAGAUGCACACGACGGAGGUAAGAGGAAGGGAGAGGGGGGGGAGUCAGCUUGAAAACGCUUCCCACAAUGACGAAGACGUAAAGUUGCGAGGACUGAAACAAUAGUCAGAAAUGAGAAGGGGAGAGUGCGCCUGAAUCCGUGGGAACCGUGUUGGACCUGCGUCAAAUGCAGAACCAAGACCCCCCCCACUGACCUUGACUCACCUCCAGUAGUUCACCGCCCCUCAUUUCAAGGGACAAGACACAAGAGAGAAAGAGGAAGCAGCAUUUUGAGUUAUAGCAUGUAGUUCUCUAUAAUGAUGCUUAUUUGGAAGCUGACAGCCGGCUUCACCAGAGUUCCCAGCAUGAGGCCUCACCCCUGGUGCACCGUCCUGCACGUGUCCCUCUGGGCAGCGCUGGUUCUCACCUUAACCACUGACAGUGAAGACUCAGAGUGUAUCCCUUAUCUCAAAGUACGCCGGCACACAACCUACGAGACCUCACAUGGACGAGAACUUAUCAUUAACUGCCCAGUAGAGCUCUGCAAUAAGUCAGUACCAACAGUGAUCUGGUUCAAGCAGCUGAAUGGAACUUAUAAACCAAUCAGUAUCGGAAGUAGCAGUCACAUUAGAACAGAGUGGAAAGAGGUGAACCAUGAGUGGGCAUCGCUUUUGAUUUUCCAAAAAAUACUCAGCAACGACUCAGGUCUGUAUCAGUGUCAAAUGAAAUAUGAUGUGAGUCACGGCAUCAGAGUCUCUGUCCACGGUGGUGAUCAAAAUACAACGAAGAAUAACACAAUUCCCAAAACUUCUGACCCAGAGGCCUUAGAACCUUUGUGGAUGUACAUGUCCUGUGCUGCUGGGAUCGUGGGAUUCGUCACCGUAGUGAUAGUUAUAACUGUCGGAUCAAUGCAAUGUUGCAAAGGGAAAUCAAAGAAAGGGACACAAGGUGAAUGUCAGUACGCGACGAUCCACAUGGCCGAGAGGCCCCUCUCAUGUGGCGGCCCCCCGCCCGGGCCGAGAGCGAGCCCCUCUGCCCCCCCAUCGCGUUUAUCUGCGCCCAACGAGUUGACGUCACCAGGACCUCUCGUUUACAGCCAGGUGAAGGGAGACAACAAGAGAACGAGGGGAGCGGCGGAGGACGGGAGUGGCGUCGUGUACGCAGCACUCAACCAUCAGCUGCCACCAGGGGCCGCCGCUCGGCCCCGGAGGUCGGAGGAGUGUUCGGAAUACGCAGCUAUUCGAGUGGCGUCAACACGCAUCAACCACCGGUGACGUGAUGUCAGUCCUGAUGUGUGCUAGAGUGAAUUUGGCAGAAGAUAGCAGAACGUUUCAAACUGGAGCUUCAACGACAGCAAGGACACAAGGAUGUUGUUCCAUGUCCAGGAUGUUGUGUAUCCUCCUCUGCACAUACACAGGUCUUCUCUCUGCUCAAGAUGAGGUUUGUUAUUCUGGGAUCGUUGUCUGUUCAUCAUGAACUAAUGCGAACAACACAAGAGCAGAACUGAGGGAACUGUCAGCGAGUGCAUUUGGUUGUUUCUCUUCCUGCCGACCACAUCUCACAUCUCAGUAUCACUCAAAGUCAGAGGAACUUGAGAAUAGAGGUUGUGGAAUUUCCCUGUGAGCAUUUUACUGAUGUAAGUUUGAUGAUUAGUGAUUCUGUGAUUCACUAAACGAGUGUGGAGGAAAGAAAUAAUACAUUUUAGAGUGGCAAUUAUUAUUAUUCCCCUUUGUUGCAUUUUUACCUUUAUUGACAGAAUAGAGAAUGGAGAAGAGAAACAGCAACUGGUCGAGUAGGAACUGAACCUGUGACUUAAACCUCCAGAUGAAACAUCUUACUUUUGCCCAGAACCUACAGAGGCCACUUUUCUGAGAUAUUUACAUUCCAUAAAAAAGAACAUUUCCUAAAAAUCUUCAGUCGGAGCCGGAGGCCGAGAGCUGAAUGUCACAGACACGAUGAGAAGUCCUAAACGGAUUGUUACACACUGUUGCAAACUGUCUACAACUGGUGUGGUUUUGUGUGCGAUCCUGCUUUGCGAUGUUUGUUUAAACUUCACUUUCACAACCUGAGAUAACAGUUUUGCUUCCAUGAGUUUUCAUCCUGGGUCAAGUCGACUGUAUGAAUGUAAACAUGAGCUUUUGUAAUCCUUCAGGAAAAACUUGUUGAUUGUCUGUAACUUCAAAAUAAGAGAAUGUAAUAAUAAUUUGAAGUUUUUGUGCAAUCAUAUAAUAUAAUGUGUGUCCACGGCUGUUUUUAUGUGAAGUUUUCUUUGAAACUGUUCACAGGAAGCAGAACUCAAAAUUCACCGAAAAGUUUCACAUCUAUCAAGGUUGAAAAAGAUGUGUGCGUGAGUGUGUGUGUGUGUGUGUCUGUUUGUGUGUGCCUGUGCAGUGUCUGUGCAUAAACAGUAAAACAGCUUUUCCUUCCUCCCUUUUUAAAAGUCCAGCUAGAAUACAACUGCUCCUUUUUUUGUUUUUACAGCACAGAGCAUCUUCAGUUUGAUGACCACAGUGUUAAAACCCUAUGCAACUUCUUCUGUGAUCUGUUAUCAUAUUUGAUCAUUUUCCGUUUGCAGGUGAGGAUCCUGACAAAGUGAACUGCAACACACACUAUGAAUUUAUCAAAGACUGGAACAUAACACUGAUAUGUCACAUUCUUUCUGAUAUGUCAAAUAAGUCAAUAGCCUCCUGAAGGAUUGUACUUUGUCCUGUGUUCAUUUAAGCUUCUUCAUAAAGGCCUGGUCACUGUCAUGAAUGAUGGUGAAUCUGACACUUGGC